AUGGAGGAGCCGACGGACGCCCCCGCCAGGGAGGCCGAAGGGCUGCAGCCACUCACCGCCGCGGAGGCGGCUGCGCCGUCGGACGCCGUGGCGCACGACGCCGGCGUGGGCGCUGAGACGCCCGCGUCCCCCGGGAACGCGGACGGCGAUGACGUGGCGGUCGCGGCACUUGACGAGGAAGCGGCGGCGGCCGCGCCUGCCGAAGAGUCCGGCGACGGUGUGCGGCGGCAACGCGCGGCGCUGGAGACGGCCCCUGGCGGGGGCAUCGUCGCCGAGGCAAACGCCGAGAUGUCCCUCUCGACCGAUGUGGUCACCUACGCGCGGGUGUACGAGACCCUGGAGGACGAGCGGGAGUGCUUGGCCGAGGUCGAGAGCGUUCUUCAGGAGGUGUACGAGGCGGAGAAGGCGCGGUACGAGAUCGAGGGCAGCCUGAGCCCCGACACGACGGAGGAGGAGUCCGACGAGUCGGACGACUUCCUCUAUUACGAGGAGUCAGACGACUCCGCUCUGCAAGGCAUCGAGGAUGAGGAGCUUGACCUCCCCGCUGCCUUGGAGACCCACGAGACGCCCGCGCUCACCGAACCCGCUAGUCCCGCAUCGUCAGACGGCGAUGGCAGGAGGGAGGUUUCGCAGGAGUCAAAGCAAAAGACGUACGGCCCGAAGAGGCCGCACAUUUCUGUCAAGAAGGGCCCGGACGGUCGCCUGUACGCGCGCUUCAUGCCGCUGACGGAGGCUGUCGUGCGCUCGGCCUGGGGCGAGGUGGUGCGGCGGCGGGACGCGCAGCUGGAGGCGGAGUUGCUGCCGGAGGACUGCCGGACGGUGCGGACCCGGCCGGGGGUUCGCACCGCCUCGGUGGCGGCGGCGGCGGCGGCAGCCCACCCCCGUUCGCCGUUGCCGCUUGCGCCUGCCCGGGCGCUCCCGCCCCCUGGCGAGUCGGCGCCCCGCACCGCCGCUCUCCCGCAUCUCCAGCGCGCCGUGCGGCGCGCCCGCCUUGAGGCGUUGCAGAGGACGUGCGAGCGGAUCAGGCCGGCGGCGGCUCGCACCCCCCCACCGGGCAGGGGCGCGGCGGAGGCCGUCGACGCGGUCACCACGCUGCCCUCCAUCCUCGCCACGGCACGCCCCGCUGCGGCGAGGACGACGCAGGGUGCGGGGGCCUGCGCCACGCCUACGUCGUCGCUGAGUUACGCGUCUGGCUGGGAUGUUCUGCCGCGUGCGUGGAGGACGGUGCUGCCAAGGCUUGGCGGCGCCACAGCCCCCACCCCUCACGCGCAAGGAAAUGUAAAGCUGGAUGCCAAACCAGCGUGCGACCCGGGCGCAAUGGCCUCUGCGGCAGCAGUAUCUGCCGUACAGCUCGAUGUGAAGAAUAACUUGGCCGCAGAGCAGCCCAGGACAGACAGGCGGUCCACUUCAGUUGUGACCCUGCCUCGCAUGUCAGACGCCGGUGAUCUUGCCCUGCCCGCCGUUAUAAACGCUUCUCCCUAUUCCCCUGCGCGAAAACAAGAGGCCGCUGCUUCAAGUGCGCCUCUCAUGCAAAUUAGCCCCGCUUUUUCGCAAAGCCGAACCUUUAGACGGGGCUCUUAUUCGGUUCCACGACCCUCUUUACCUCCCUCCCUCCUCACCACUGGCGGGGGCAGGCUUUCGUGCUCGUUGCCCAUGUACUCAGCGGCAGAGCAGACCCUAGAGGAGACGCGGGAUCGCCUAGAACGCGUCCAAGACAUCAUUGAGGAUGUCUACGAUGAGUAUAUCAAUUCCAAGGCCGAUGUUCAUGAAAUGUAG